GCCAGCAGGAGCCCAGGGAGCCUGGUCUCUGCCUUCCUAUCCUGGAGGAAGGAGGCAGCGGGCACAGCCGCUGCGGCAGCACUCGAGCCAGCUCAAGCCCGCAGCUCGCAGGGAGAUCCAGCUCCGUCCUGCCUGCAGCAGCCCAACCCUGCACACCCACCAUGGAUGUCUUCAAGAAGGGCUUCUCCAUCGCCAAGGAGGGCGUGGUGGGUGCGGUGGAAAAGACCAAGCAGGGGGUGACGGAAGCAGCUGAGAAGACCAAGGAGGGGGUCAUGUAUGUGGGAGCCAAGACCAAGGAGAAUGUUGUACAGAGCGUGACCUCAGUGGCCGAGAAGACCAAGGAGCAGGCCAACGCCGUGAGCGAGGCUGUGGUGAGCAGCGUCAACACUGUGGCCACCAAGACCGUGGAGGAGGCGGAGAACAUCGCGGUCACUUCCGGGGUGGUGCGCAAGGAGGACUUGAAGCCAUCUGCCCCCCAACAGGAGGGUGAGGCAUCCAAAGAGAAAGAGGAAGUGGCAGAGGAGGCCCAGACUGGGGGAGACUAGAGGGCUACAGGCCAGCGCGGAUGACCUGAAGAGCGCUCCUCUGCCUUGGACACCAUCCCCUCCUAGCACAAGGAGUGCCCGCCUUGAGUGACAUGCAGCUGCCUACGCUCCUGCCCUCGUCUCCCUGGCCACCCUUGGCCUGUCCACCUGUGCUGCUGCACCAACCUCACUGCCCUCCCUCGGCCCCGCCCACCCUCUGGUCCUUCUGACCCCACAUAUGCUGCUGUGAAUUUUUUUUUUUAAUGAUUCCAAAUAAAACUUGAGCCCACUCCUG